CAACUGUCGAGCAUGUGCGUCGUCCCUUGUGCCUGUUUAAUCGCGUCAUAAAUCGCACAUAGAACGCAAUUGCAUGUACACCCCAGUACGUGAACGAACGAUAGUCAGUUCGCGAACAUGUGAUUUUGACAGAGAACACGGUUCGUCGACGCUCGUUACCGCGUGCGUGAAAAGUGAAGGUUUUUCCGGCCGGAUAUAUCGUUACCCUGCAGCAGCCUCGUUCGAGGGGGUGGAGAAUAAUGUUCUGAACCGUGAGCCACGCACAUCAUGGUUGCUAAGCACUUCACGCAGGGCUCAAGCCCCGAGUUGGGUGUCCCGGAUAUGACAGUCAUCAGCGACAUCGAUGAAACGGGAAUCAAUCGAAACCUCCAAGUCCGAUAUGGGAGGGAUCAGAUAUAUACGUACACGGGAUCCAUACUGGUGGCUGUGAACCCAUACAAAGAGGUGGACUUCUACACGAACGAGUACGUGAACCGAUAUCAUGGACAAAAGAUGGGCUCUUUGGAACCUCACGUGUUCGCGUUGGCAGAGGCAGCAUACAGGUCUCUUCAGGACACAGAGAGUAAUCAGUCCUGCGUGAUAUCAGGGGAAAGUGGCGCUGGCAAGACGGAGACCACGAAAUUUAUCCUGCAGUACCUUUGCUCGGUGACCAGCAAUGUCGACACGUGGGUGGAACAACAAAUUCUUGAGGCGAACACCAUCCUCGAAGCUUUCGGAAACGCAAAAACGGUGAGGAACGACAACAGUUCCCGGUUCGGCAAAUUCAUGCAGGUGUGCUUCGACAGCAAGUGGAUGAUCAAGGGCUGCAUCAUUCAGGAUUACCUGCUGGAGCAGAGUCGCAUAACUUUCCAGAGCGCCGGCGAGAGGAAUUAUCACGUGUUCUAUCAGCUGGUCGAAACAGGGACCAGGGACAAGGAAUUCGCGGAACAAUAUAAACUGAUGCCAGCCAGCCACUACAAGUAUUUGAAUCAGUCUGGCUGUGUGAAGAUCGAUGGAAUCUCCGACUGCAAGAAGCUCGACGCCCUUAGACUUGCGUUUAACGUGUUACAGGUCGCGCCGGAAAUGUGCGAGGGUAUUUUCAGAGUCCUGUCCGCCAUUCUUUGGUUGGGGAAUUUAAACUUCGAGGACGUGGACGGCGAAAGAUGCGAGCUAACUAAAGAGGACCUUGACAUCGUUGGUACGGUUGCUCCUUUGCUCGGACUGCAUGUCGAGGAUCUGACGAAGGUGGUGCUGAUACGGCAGAUAAAUGUUCGGGGGAACAUCACCGAGAUACCACUGAAGGUGCAAGAAGCCCGUGAAAAUAGACACGCUAUGGCGAAAGCGUUGUACUCGAGAACGUUCGCCUGGUUGAUCAAUCAUAUCAACAAUUGCACGAACCCUGGGCAAGACAGCUCGAGGUUUCUCGGUGUUUUGGAUAUAUUUGGCUUCGAGAACUUCGCCGUGAACAGCUUCGAACAACUCUGUAUCAAUUACACGAACGAGAAGCUGCACAAGUUUUUCAAUCACUACGUGUUCGCUUUAGAACAGGAACUCUACCGACAGGAAGAGAUCCAAUAUUCUCAUAUCACCUUCACGGACAACACCAUGUGCCUGGAAUUAAUCGAGAAACCUCCACGAUGUGUUCUUAAGUUACUAACCGAACAGUGCCAUAUGCCAAAAGGCUCGGACCUAGCUUACCUGACCAAUUUGCACGCAGAAUUCGAGAACCAUCCCUGCUACGUGAAAGGGGACGACCGACGAAAAUGGGAAAAAGAGUUUGGCGUAAAACAUUAUGCGGGUUGUGUUACCUACACCGUCGAAGGAUUCGUGGAUAAAAACCGAGAUGUACAGCAAGACGUAUUCUUCGACUUCAUGUCUAGGAGCACGAACGAAUUUGUGCAAGAAAUUACGGUUUAUCAAGAUCUUCUGGGGUGCACGGUGGCUCGUGCAAGCGGAAACGCGACUACGAUGUCUCGUGGAACUUCCAAGGGUAAACCAACGCUCUGCGAUUCCUUUAGACAUCAGCUGCAAGCUUUGGUCGAUGUUCUUCAAGCUACUACACCUUGGUACGCUAGAUGCAUUAAACCCAAUAUGCAGAAAAUAGCGAACCACUAUGACGAGAAAUUGGUUUUGGACCAGUUGAAGUAUUUGGGCAUGCUGGACAUUAUUAGAAUCAGGAAGGAAGGCUUUCCUAUACACAUGCCGUUCCAUGACUUCAUAGCAAGAUAUCGUUGUCUAGAGAAAGGACGUUUGUCACGUUCCUACAAUGAGAAAGAAGCUGUUAGAUGUUUGGUCAGUAGUCAAGGUAUACCGGAGACUGAGUGGCAAAUAGGAAAAACAAAGGUGUUUUUGAGAAGCUAUGUGCACGAACCUCUAGAAGAUUGCAGAAAUCAAAUGGUUACCAGUAAUGCUGUAAUGAUACAGAAAAUAUGGAGGGGUCACGUAAUUCGACGGGAAUACAAACGUAUAAAAGACGCUGCAUUGAAGGUGCAACAUGCAUACCGAGGCUGGAAGCUGAGAAUAAUGUUCAUUAGAAAACGAAGAGCGGCCAUUGUGAUACAGAGUCAUCUGCGUGGCGUCUUUGCAAGAGAGGUUGCAGCGGCUUUGAGAGAGAUGAGACGGGUAGAUGAAGAGAUGAGAAAGAGGGAGAGACUGGAAGAGGAGAGAAGAUUGAUGGAGGAUAAGAAGGCUCUAGAAGAAAGUCAAAGCGCUCAGUACAAUGGUAUUAUCGGAAUGGAACCUGGAAAAGCUCAAGAAGAGAUUGCUGCAUUGUCACAAAUGGCAGAACAAAUGAAUUCUAAGAUGGCAGCCUCUGACUUGCAAUCUGUGGAUCUGGACAACCUAUUUUCAUUCCUGUCUGAUGUACAAUCGACAAAGGGUAAUCAGAUCAUUGAAGAAAUUGGCGAACAAAUGGAUGAACUAGUAGAAGACCUUGAUGUGGAACUAGAAACUGUAAUACAACAAGAAAUGGAAAUGAAUUCAAAAGCAGAAUCUAAAGCAAACACUCCAAAUGGACAAGAAAUUCCAUCACCUCUACAACCACCAACUCAACAGCAACAACAGCAACAAAGGAUACCUUGUGCAACUACUGGUAAACUUGGGCAGCCAAGUCUUCCUGAGCCCACUGAACCACCUCCACCUCCACCACCUCCAGCUGCAACCUUAACGAUGAAUGGAGAUUCUACAACUGACAAUGGGGAACCAAUCUACGAGUCCGUCUUACCGCGUGAAGAGAAUAGUCCUAGCAGUCCAAUUUUGGUUAACGGAAACUCUGGACCAUUAAUUAAUGGUGAAUCCUGUGGUUCACCUCCACCUGUACCGAAUAACAAGAUCGUUAAAGAACCGGUUGCUGGUAGCCCUCCAUCCAGGCCAGAAUCUAGGAAUUCGAAUAAUCACCAUUUACAUCAUAAUCACCAUCAACCAGUACCCCAACAGCAACAGAAUGGUCAUGAUCAGCAACAGCAACAACAGCAAAUACAACAGUCUCAACAGCCACCUGUGGAAAGAGAACAGAGACGCAAAUGUAGAGUGGAGCGUAAACUUCAAGAAUUGGAGGAUAAAAAGGAGCCUGAUAACGAAAUUACUUAUCACGAUAUCGUGGAAUUUGCACAGAAUUAUUUCAAUAGUCACGAAAGAUCUCCAGAGGGUACGAUUAUGGCUACGCUUACUAGAAUAAAGAGUGUAGAAUAUAUUCCAAAGUAUGAAAUGGUUACCUAUUACAAAGGAUCUACUAUACCGAAUUCCCACAUUCAUAUGUACGAUCCUGAUAACGUUAAUGUGGCUUGCUCAGUUUUUAGAGAUCUUUGUAAGUACCUAAGGGGAGAAAUGAAGUUAGACCAGGAAAUUGCAACUAUUCAGAGCAUAAUCGGCUACGGCAUUGAACGUGAAGAAUUAAGAGAUGAGAUUUUUGUUCAAUGUAUGAGACAAGCAACGAACAAUCCUAACCCAGAAUGGGCUGAAAGAGAGUGGUUAUUGCUCUGUUUAGCUAUUGUUGCUUUUCAACCUAGUAAACUAUUGUAUAAGUACUUCGUAUCUUUCUUAAGAAAGAAUUUGGCCCUUGAGGGCAAACUUCGUCAGUAUGUUCAAUGGUGCGUGGAUAAUUGUAAGAACAUGAAGGUUUCCUGUAGACAACAUCCUCCAUCGACGGUCGAGAUUGCGGCCAUGAGACGAUUAGGCACCAUAGUUUGUCGAUUUUUCUUUUUGGAUGGAAGAACCAAAGCAAUCGAUGUACAUCCAACUGACACUGCCGCCGAUGCUGUUGCUAAAUUAGGUGAAAAAUUGGGUCUGAGAUCUUUAGAAGGUUGGGCAAUUUACCAAAGUAGGCCAGAUGGUGAGGAACAUGUUCGAGCACAUGAUUACCUGUAUGAUCUUAUAGCCGCUUGGGAAAUGAAACAAUGCAAACUGAACACAGCGCAAUCAACAUUUUCCACACUUCGUCGAGGAAACAAUGCUACUUUGGGAAGUGGUGAUAAUCGCUUCGUUUUUAAGCGAAGACUAUUUCGAAACACUCGAGAAAUAUCUCAAGAUCCUGUUGAAGUAAACAUGCUGUACGCUCAAGCUGUGUAUAACGUAGUAAAGUGUGACGAUUUUCCAGUAUCAGAGAAAGUCGCGCUCCAGUUGGCAGGCUUACAAGCACAAGUCGCCUUAGGUGAUCCAAAAGAUAAUGAUAGACUGGACUAUUACAGUGAAGUGGACAGUUUCUUGCCUUAUCGAAUCAGUCGUGCCCGAGGUGAUGAUGUUUGGGUGCCAAUAAUAGCGCAGGCACACAGACAGUAUGGCGCCGGCCGUAAAGAAUUGGCGGCCAAAGUAUUGUAUUUAUCUUGUGUGAUGCAAUACCCUCUUUAUGGCACGACCAUGUUCAAUGUAACUUAUCGAGGCUAUUGGUCUUAUGGUAAUCAAUUGAUCUUGGGUAUCAACUGUGACGGUCUAAUGUUGAUCAAACCAGAUGACAAAUUCGUCUUAUCAGAGUAUCGUUAUCAAGACGUUGAAAGCAUUAUGCUAGACCCAAGCGAUUCUUUCAUAACUCUAUCUCUUCUUCGUCAUAAUCCCGACAGCUCACAUAAAUGUUUCGUUUUCGAGACACCACAGAAAAACGAAAUAGGUAGUCUAAUUGUUAGCUACUGCCCAGCAUUGGCAGGUUGGAUCACGGAAAAUGAGGUUCCUACUAAGAAACUCAAGUGUAUUACUAACGAAGAUCGUAUUAGACUCUAUCAUAAUUUAGUCAAUUGCCGAAGAACGCUAGUAGACGCAGAAAUACUGAGGAAACCUCAAGAUUCUGGAGGCGGUUUCUUGAGAAACACUUUACGAAGGUUGUCUAAACAUAGAAUAGAAAAGCUUAGACAGGAACAUGGUAGUGCAACCGAUCAUGGUGAAACUUACAAAGGAUUCCCGUAUGCAUACUGGGCAUUCAGCAGACAAACUAUACCUCAAAGUCUUUUGAAACUACCAGACCCAGACGAGCAGAUGGCUCUUAGCGUAUUCCAAUUAAUUUUGACCUACGCUGGUCUGGGGCAAAACGGAGACACGGUUCGUAGGGUAGAGGAUGAACAUGUGAAUUUAAUACAAACAGUAAUGGAACGUUGCAUAAGGAAAGAAAAUUUGUUAGGCGAACUGUACCUUCAAUUAAUUAAACAAACUACUGAUCAUCCUGAUCCUAAUAGUCGGGUGAAUCUCCGGCAUUGGGCGUUGCUUUCCCUGGCCUGCUCCGUUAUUUUACCUCCACAGAAAGUUAUUCGAAAGUAUCUGAUAGCGCAUUUGAAACGAUGCGCUAGUGAUUACGUUACCGAGGAGGGAAAAUACGCCCGAUUUGCUGAAAAGUGCCUUUACAAGACGCAGGGCACAAGAAGAAGACAGUGGCCACCGAGUAGGGAGGAGAUAAUGUGCACGAUUAAUCGCAGGCCUAUUUACGCUAGGUUCCACUUUAUGGAUGGACAGUAUCAUGCCGUCGAGUUCCACCCAUCAGCAACUGCUAGAGACGUUAUGGAGAUCAUCAAAACUAAAAUUGGUCUGGAAGAAAUUGCCAUGGGGUAUGCCAUUUAUGAGGUCCUAGGACCAACCGAACGAGCAUUAAUAGCGGAAGAGAAAAUUGCUGAUGUAAUGUCGAAAUGGGAGCGUUACAGAACGGCGAACGCACAGCAGAAUCAAUCACAGAGAAAGCACGCACAUCACUUCUUCUUAUUUAAGAAACAUUUGUUCCUUGAUCAGUAUAUGAAUCUUGACGACCCGGUGGAAAAAGAAUUACUUUAUCAUCAAGUACUGCAUGAUCUGCGUGCUGACAGAUUCCCUAUAACAGAGAAAGAGGCUAUGAUGUUGACAGCGUUACAAGCUCAACUGGAACUCAGCGAUUGUGAAGACGCCGUGUCGGAUUAUGAUUACCGCACUAUCUCAACUCACUGCCUACCCCAAAGACUGGUUCCAAUCUUAUGCAUAGAAGGUGUACUCCAACACCAUCAAUCAUUACGAGGAAUGACACCACCUGAAGCAAAGAAAGCUUUCUUAAAUUUAAUUCAAUCGUGGCCACUUCACAGAGCUACAAUAUUCGAUGUUAUGCAAUCGUUUACCUCGAACUGGCCACGUGUUUUAUGGUUGGCCGUUGAUCAGCAAGGUCUUCAUCUUCUGGAGCAUCGUUCCAGGAAUACUCUUUGUACCUACGAAUAUAGCAGUAUUCUCAGUUAUAGCCCAGCUGUUAAUUGUUUAAUGAUUAUCACUGGGACUGAUAAGAAGCAGAGUAAAGUAAUCCUUACUACAUCUCAGGCACAUCAAAUUGCAAAUUUAAUUCGAGAAUAUAUGGAUGUUCUUCAAUCACCACCGGAAAUUCCGAAAAGGGAAUCGGCGAUUGCUCAACAGAUAACACAGCAACCGAUUCAACAACCUUCGACAAAUCUUCCGGUUGCUGCUGGUGGUCGAAAAUCUCGACCUGCUUCGGUAUUACACAGAGGUGCUCCAGUGAUACAAUCGCAAGCUAGUUAAAAA